ACCUUCCCUCCUCCUCCUCCGACAGAGACGGGCAAAAGGCAAAGGAGGCGCAAGGUACGUCGCAGUCUGAAGAUACACCGGGUGUACGGCAGUCGGUCGAUCGGCCUCACCGGAGGAAGACGUCACCUUACGGUGUUACAGGAAUAAGUGUCCCCCUGAGCGCUCAGUUACAGCGGCUAUUUUUCCAUUGACCAGUAGAGAGGCGGCAGAGAGAGAAACCGCAGAGAAGGCAAGCACGGGCGGAGAGGAUAAUUGCAUUUCUGACUGCCCUGUGGGAACAUGGGAUAUAUGACCUCAUCAUUCACCUGUGAGGCUCUCCAGUAAACAACUCCAAAAGGAUGACUGAAGCCGCCGUAGAAAGUACCGAUGUCCUCCUAAAAUCCUGUGACCUGACAUCAUGUGAUGUCAUCAGCUGCUCCUCCCCUCUGCCAUGUCUUUUCCCAAAUCCCCCCAAUGGGAAGGAGAUUGAGUGUUACCAUGCGUGUAAAAAGCUUGAGCAACAGAAAAACUGUGACCAGGUGCAACCAAAGAAAAAAGUCAAGGCAAAAGGAAAGUUAGUGCGGAGUAUGGCUGUCUGCGAGGAGUCCUCACCUUUUGAAGAAAAACAGGCAUCUCCAGACACAAACAGUGCAUCUAGCUCCCCUGACAACGCGAUAACUUAUAACGAGGAAGAACAGGAAAACAAUACGGAUCCAAAGAAAAAUUCACUGUCCAAAGAGUCCAGCGUAGAGUACACCGACUCCACCGGCAUAGACCUGCACCAGUUUAUCGUCGACACUCUCAACAGCAACCCCAGAGACCGCAUGAUGCUGCUUAAACUGGAGCAGGACAUGAUGGACUUCAUCAGCAGCAAUAGUCCCUUCAAGAAGUUCCCUCACAUGUCGUCCUACCAUCGUAUGCUGGUCCAUCGAGUGGCGGCUUACUUUGGCAUGGAUCACAAUGUCGACCAGACGGGCAAGUCUGUCAUCAUCAACAGGACCAGCAGCACCCGCAUACCGGAUCAGCGUUUUCUGGACCAGGUGCAUAAGGACAAGAAAGAAGGGAUCCACCGGUGGAAAAUUAUCCUGAAGAGAGACAACAGCUCGGACGAACAGACCCGACUUCACCCUUUACGGGAGAAGCAAAGCAAGUCAAUGGAGGAGAGAGAGGAGGAGUACCAACGAGCACGAGACCGAAUCUUCAACCAAGAGCCUGUCUGCUCCCAGGAGAGCGCCCAUGCAGAAACCAGGGCUGUGGAGGAGCACAAUCCAUCUGCCGAGACCCAGAGGAAAAGGCAGCUCUUCAGAGGGAGCCGUGACAGCUCAGGCUCCAGCUGGACAGGGAGCAGCAGGCAAAGUAGCACUGAGACUGAUUGUCGCUAUAGCAACGACCCCCAUCCUUGGAGCAGCACAGACUCUGAUUCCUCCUACCAAUGGAUGGGUCCCGCCACGAAGCCCCACCAAGCUGUCAACCAUGGCUGGGACGCACGUGGUUCAGGCUCCAUCUCUCUUUUCAGACUGCCUCCCACUUGCCCCCUCCCCGCCUCUCCGCCCAUCAUAGAGGAGCCGGCUCCUAACUCUACCUACAUCAUGGUGAACGGGAUCCCGCCGGGAAGCAUACUAGUGAACCCACAUACCGGGCAGCCUUUCCUGAACCCUGACGGAACGCCUGCUGUGUACAACCCUCCUGACAGUCAGCAGCAAAUCAGGAGCCAGACUCAGCUGCAAGGAUCUCUGCCUCAGCAGCAACCGCAGCAGGUGGUUCAGUACUCAUCUGUCUCUUACACAGCCCCACAGAUGUUGCCUGUCGCUCCAGCACAGCCCUACACAACAAUUGAAGAUCUCUCCUCGCAGUUCGCUCAUGUGAGCUGUCAGCCGGCUGGUGAAGCCCCGCCCAUCUACCCACCCAGUCAGGGUUACAUCUAUGCAGCUCCUCCUCCACCUCCCAACCCCCCCAGCUACUGCCCGCCUUCACCUGCGUUGCCUGUGUAUUAUUACGGCCAGUACCCUACCUCACAUCAGCACCCAUGUAGGCCCGUCUCACCGAGCCAGCACAUCCACAGCCAAGCAGCACAACCACUAGCAGGUUACGCUGUGGGGGUGCAGCAGUCCUCCCACCCCCACCCCCACCCCCAGGCCCAGGCAAUGCUGGGCACCUACUCACCGAUGGCCUCUAAUCAGCGUAGCAUAGUUCAGGGAGGUGUUUCGGUGUCCUAUCCCCAAAGCAAAGUUGUGACCGGGGUGGGUGGGGAGGCGGGUUACUGUUGUGUGGUGCCCCCACCCUCCUCCCACCACGGCAGCUGCCAUCUUCCCAGCUGCGCCAACCUCAGUGCCCAGGCGUGGAGCGCACAGUACUGAUGGUGCCUCUGCGGUUAGAGAGAUGAGAUCCGAGUUCCUGCGCGAACUCACGCGCAUAACAUAACACACAUUCUUUACACAAACACCUACUUCUUUUUUACCCUCCCUCAUUUACACCCACCUCUCCCCUGAUGAUGCCUGAAGGGUACGCCGUUCACCCUUAUUACAAGCAUGUGCACACACACACGCACACACACACACACCAUACACCCACUCACAUACAGAAAUAUACCACUGUACCAAAGCUUAAUAGUAUUUAUCUGCGCUGAUGUAUUGAAUGCAUAAUUUAUAUACACAAAUGGAGUUUUAUAUUGAUAUUAAAUUAUAUAUUGUGUUCCGAGGAAAUGCACUGUGUGAAUAGAAUAAAGUCCUGUGGCUGGAUUGACGAUGUCACAUUUUUAUAUCA